AUGGGGGCAACCCCUUUCCACCAUUCGAUCCUCGAGGUCCGACUACCGAAGCACUUCGAUAAGCCAACGAACAUGAGAUAUGAUGGGACCCAGGACCCGCAAAAACGUCUGACGGCCUUCGAGGCCAGGAUGAAUUUGGAAAGGGCGGGCAAUGAAGUGAGGUGUCGCUCCUUCCCCGUAACCUUUGCGAGGCCGACAAUCCGUUGGUUCAACGGUCUCCCCCAAGGCUCCGUGACGACUUUCGCGGACAUCACCCAUGCCUUCCUAGCUCAGUUUACCACACGUAUUGCUAAAGCAAAGCACCCAAUCAACUUGCUUGGGGUGACACAAAGAAGCGACGAACCGACCAGAAAGUACCUGGACAGAUUCAAUGAUGAAUGGUUGGAAAUUAAGGGCUUGACUGACUCGGUAGCCAGUUUAAGCUUGACGAACGGCUUGUUGAACGAGGAUUUUAGGAAACACCUUACCACCAAGCCCGUGUGGACAAUGCAAGAAAUCCAAAAUGUGGCCAGAGAGUAUAUCAAUAACGAGAAAGUUAGCCAAGUUGUGGCAGCCAACAAGCGGCAACCCGUUAACGAAGAAAGGCCUAAGGAGCACCCCAGGGACGGAGGGCCAGCUAAAUCCUUCAAGCUGUUCCCCCGAGAUAGAACUGGAGGGAACAAAAACCUCUACUGCGACUACCACAAGGGCUUCGGACUCAAGACCCAAGAUUGCUUCAAUUUGAAAGAUGCUCUAGAGCAGGCGAUCCGAGAAGGCAAGCUGGCCGAGUUCUCUCACCUAAUAAGAGAACCGAGGAGGCAGGAUCGCGACCGAUCUAGCAACGACAAGAGCCGCGCCGUGAGACCAAGACAAGAACCCGAGGAUGACAAUGAAGGCAGUUUCACCAUUGUGAAUGUCGUAGUUGGGAGAGACGUUGCCCCCAGGUCGAAGUCGGCAUGCAGGAAAGAUGCCAAAGUCUUGGCUAUAUCAUCAUCCAGUCCCGCGCCAUCCUCCAGGAGGGUCCCAUCAAUAUCAUUCGGACCAGAGGACCAAUGGUUCGAUGACUUGCCGGAGAACUCCCCUAUAGUGAUCGCAGCGAGAGUGGGAACCGGCCUGGUCAGGCAAAUAUUGGUGGACACUAGAGCCGACUUGAACAUGAUGUUUUGCAAUGUGUUUAACGCUCUGGGCCUCUGA